UUUAAAGGAGCGGGGCACAGGCCUCGCGGGAAGCCGAGGCCAGCAUGACCACCGAGCAGCGGCGGAAUCUGUGCGCCUUCACGGACUAUGUCAGGAAGACGCUGGACCCUACCCACAUCCUGGGCUACAUGGCCCCCUGGUUCAGGGACGAUGAGGUGCAGUGUAUUCAGGCUGAGAAAAACAACAAGGGCCCAAUGGAGGCUGCCACACUUUUUCUCAAGCUCCUGUUGGAGCUCCAGGAGGAAGGCUGGUUCCGUGCCUUCUUGGAUGCCCUGAGCCACGCAGGUUAUCCAACAGAGAUCCUUCCUGAAAUCUCUGUAUGUUUAAUUAAUCAGGAAUGUGAAGAAAUUAGACAGGUUUCCUUCAAUAAAGGGAUGAUGGCAGGUGCAGAGAAAAUGGUGGAAUGCCUUCUCAAAUCAGACAAGGAGAACUGGCCCAAAACUUUGAAACUGGCUUUGGAGAAAGAAGAUAACCAGUUCAGUGAACUGUGGAUUGUAGAAAAAGGUGCAAAAGAUGCUGAAAUUAAAGAUCUUGAGGAUGAUAACAUGGAAACUUCUGACGUACAGAUUUUCUACCAGGAAGAUCCAGAAUACCAGAAUCUUAGUCAGAAUUCGUGUCCACCUUCAGGUUGUGGAAAAACCUUUGUUUCACUUCUCAUAUGUGAACAUCAUCUUGAAAAAUUUUCACAAGGACAAAAAGGGAAGGUUGUCUUCCUUGCUAAUCAAAUCCCUGUGUAUGAACAGCAGAAAUCUGUGUUCUCAAAAUAUUUUGAAAAACUUGGGUACAGAGUUACAGGCAUUUCUGGAGAAACAGCUGAAAAUGUCCCAGUGGAACAGAUUGUUGAGAACAAUGACAUCGUCUUUUUAACGCCACAGAUUCUUGUGAACAACCUUAAAAAUGGAACUAUUCCAUCACUGUCUGUCUUUACUUUGAUGAUCUUUGAUGAAUGCCAUAACACCAGUAAACAACACCCAUACAAUAUGAUCAUGUUCAAUUAUCUAGAUCAGAAACUUGGAGGCUCUUUAGACCCACUACCCCAGGUCAUUGGGCUGACUGCCUCAGUCGGUGUUGGGGAUGCCAAAAACACAGAUGAAGCCAUGGAUCAUAUCUGCAAAUUGUGUGCUUCUCUUGACGUAUCAGUGAUAGCGACAGUCAAAGAGAACUUGGAGGAACUGGAGCAAAUUGUUUAUAAGCCCCAAAAGUUUUUCAGGAAAGUGGAAUCACGGACUCUGGACCAAUUUAAAUUCAUCGUAUCUCAGCUGAUGAGGGAGACAGAGUGUCUGGCAAAGAGCAUCCAUGGAGACCUCGGAAAAUUAUUUCAGAUUCAGAAUAGGGAAUUUGGAACACAGAAGUAUGAACAAUGGAUUGUUACAGUUCAGAAAGCAUGCAUGGUGUUUCAGAUGCCAGACAAAGAUGAAGAAAGGAGGAUCUGUAAAGCGCUGUUUUUGUAUACUUCACAUUUGCGGAAAUAUAACGAUGCCCUCAUUAUCAAUGAACAUGCACGAAUGAAAGAUGCCCUGGAUUACUUGAAAGACUUCUUCAGCAAUGUCCGAGCAGCAGGAUUCGAUGAGAUUGAGCAAGAUCUUACUUGGAGAUUUGAAGGAAAGCUGCAGGAACUAGAAAGUGUUUCCAUGGAUCCCAGCAAGGAGAACCCUAAACUUGAAGACCUCUGCUUCAUCUUACAAGAAGAGUAUCACUUAAACCCAGAGACAAGAACCAUUCUCUUCGUGAAAACCAGAGCGCUUGUGGAUGCUUUAAAGAAAUGGAUUGAAGGAAAUUCUAAACUCAGCUUUCUAAAACCUGGCAUAUUGACGGGACGUUGCAGAACAAAUCAGAACAUAGGAAUGACCCUCCCGGCACAGAAGUGCAUACUGGAUGCAUUCAGAACCAGCGGAGAUAACAACAUUCUGAUAGCCACCUCGGUUGCUGAUGAAGGCAUCGACAUUGCACAGUGCAAUCUUGUCAUCCUGUAUGAGUACGUGGGCAAUGUCAUCAAAAUGAUCCAAACCAGAGGUAGAGGAAGAGCAAGAGGUAGCAAGUGCUUUCUUUUGACUAGUAAUGCUGAUGUAAUUGAAAAAGAAAAAAUAAACAUAUACAAAGAAAAAAUGAUGAAUGAAUCCAUUUUAAGCCUUCAGACAUGGGACGAAGCAGUAUUUAAAGAAAAGAUUCUCCGUAUACAGAUUCAUGAAAAAUUCAUCAGAGACAGUCAAGGAAAAGCAAAACCUGUACUUGAUAAGGAAAAUAAAAAACUGCUAUGCAGAAAAUGCAAAGCCUUGGCAUGUUACACAGCUGAUGUAAGAGUGAUAGAGGACUCCCAUUACACCGUGGUUGGAGAUGCUUUUAAGAAAUGCUUUGUCAGUAAACCACACCCCAAACCAAAGAAAUUUUGUGGUUUUGAGAAGAGAGCCAAGAUAUUCUGUGCCAGACAGGACUGCAGCCAUGACUGGGGAAUCCACGUGAAGUACAGGACAUUUGAGAUUCCAGUUAUAAAAAUUGAAAGUUUUGUGGUGGAGGAUGUGGCGACUGGAGCUCAGAGACUGUACUCAAAGUGGAAGGACUUUCAUUUUGAGAAGAUACCGUUUGAUGCUGCAGAAAUGCCCAGACGACUUUAGGGCCUCAAUCUUCAGCUACAGGUAGUAGGUCAAUUUGAGUGAAGAAGCAACUACCCAGUGGGUAUAAUCAUGGAUCGCUUAUACCGCUGUGAAGUUAUUUUACCUAAGGCUUGUACUGAAUUGAAUAUUUAUCCCUUUACCUUCUGUUUAUUUUCAACAGUUUGGCUUUUGCCCUUAACCAUCUACUGUAAUUUUUCUUUUCGAGGUUACCAGUAACUCUGGUUGCCAAAUGCAUUGGGAACUUCUUGGUCCUUCUGUUUGACCUCUGCACUUUUGGUCCCAUUGGCACUUCUUUCUUGCAACUCUCCCUUGGCUUCUGUUUCUUCUAGUUCUAGUCUAGCCUCUUUUAUUGG